AUGAAUCAAUUCGACGGCGCUGAAGGACUUUACGUGAACGCAAAACAGUAUCAUCGCAUUCUCAAGCGAAGAGAGGCCCGUGCGCGGUUCGAGGAGCGACUACGCAGGGUCCAAGGAGAAAGAAAACCGUAUCUGCAUGAGUCUCGGCACAAGCACGCCAUGCGUCGUCCUAGAGGCCCUGGAGGACGCUUUUUAACGGCAGAAAAAGUUGCUGAACUGAAAGCUAAGGAAAUGGAGAGUGCCCAAGCGAACACGAACACCGAUACGACGAAAACAGCCGAAGAAGUCCAGGCAGCCAACCAGACCCUCGAGUCUACGAGGUCGGUAAUGGAGAAUGGAGCUAUGUCUGCUACGCCAGACGCCAACGUCGCUGCUGCGGCUUCUAAUGACGAUGCUGGACGCUCAGGUGUGCUGCAAGAAACAGUGGGGUUAAACAAUCAAACACAAUCGCGGCAGCAGGAUGUCCCCAACAACACAGCUCCCAAUGUCGACGGCGGGGGGCACCAACAGCAGCAGCAGCAGCAGCAGCAACAACAUCAACAGCUCCCUUCUCAAGACCAACAGCAACAACAGUCUUCCUCAGAUGCUUCUUCUCUCCCCUCUGCCGCUAAUCAACAACCUCACCAUGACCUGAACCCGAAUGCAGCAGCAGUCGCAGCAGCAGCCCAGGCAUUUCAUCCGCCCUCACAUCCCUCUGAUGUCUUUUUGGAUGGAGCAGGCGGCAUCCUGAAUAUGCAAGACCAGUUUCACUCGGGGUCUGCUGCGGCUACUCAACACCCCAACAUGUUUACGGCCGGUUCCGAUACUGGAAACGACGUGCUGCAUCCUCUUCAAGGCUACGUCAACCCUCCUAUGGGUGCAAACCUUCCUUCGUCUGAGACACCUGGUCUUUUAUUAAGCGGAAAAAAUCAGCUGGGAUUCGUGGACGAACACACUGAAGUGGUGAACUCGCUUCACGGACAGCAUCCCCAGCAACACAUGCUUGUUCAUUCACAAAUGACUUCGUCUCUGGAUCCGACUGAGGGCGUUAAUUUAGCAGGCAAAAUCCCAGAUUCUAAUGGAACGGUUAAUGGACAACAACUCAUGCUGGGCGGACACGACGAUGCCUCGGGCCCCGUGCUUGAGCACCACGACGACAGCGUCCUGUCGAACACGUUGAUGCAGGGUCACUACGGCAGAGCUGCCAACAACCAAAAUGAUUAA